ACCACGCCCACAGGGAGGAGCAGGCUGCCGCCGUGUCAUUGGGGGGGAACGUGGCGGCGGUGGCGAACUUUGACUCCCCCGUAGAAGCGUACUUCACCCUGAGACUGAGGAGUGAGUUUACCUGAGCCCCCGCCAAACAGGAAGUGAUGUCAGAGUGUGACCACGCCCACUUAACUGUCUCUCUUCCCGCAGCUCUGUCAGACGGCACGCAGGUGGACGCCAUCUUCCUCCCCCACUCCCCCUCCUCCCCUCUCUCUCCUCCCCUCCAUCAUCACUGCAACACCUGGAGCUCCAUCCUGUCCCACGGAGCCUUCUCGCCACACGCACCGCCGCCUUCUCCAGGUAACGCACACACACAUACACACACAAACACACACACUCACACACUCAUGAAACUCACAGGAGGUUUUUUUUCUCUGUCUCAGCCGACCUCAUCGCCAUGGCGGCACAGUUAGCCAAUCAGAGGCUGGUGUGUGUCCUGGAGGCGUGUCACCUGGGCGGAGUCAAAACCGAACUGAUCCUGAGCCGAGCCUAUCACCUGAUAUCCUGACACACACACACACACACACACACACACACACACACACACACACACACACAGAGCUCUAACCCUGUUGCCUGAUGGGAAGUGUAGUCCUUAAACACAGACACAGCUGAACACACCCCAGUGACGUUGGGAUUUGUAGUUUUUUCCCUCUUUCGAUUGGACUACGUUUGAAGAUCACCUCGUCAAGUUUGAAACUCUUCCGAUCUUUGAUUUUUGAAGUGACGAUCGUUUCUGUUCGGACUCUCACUCGUCUUCUGUUCAAACCUCGAGGUCCAGAAAAAAAACUGUUUAAAGACGUUAAAGAUGUUUGGACCUUCAUCUCGUCCAGAACCUCAGAACCCUUUUGUUGUUGUGACUCUGAAUUUGGGAUGGUCUCUCUCAGAGUGUUCUGGUUCCUCUGACUGUUCCUCUCUCUCUCUCUCUCUCUCUCUCUCUCUCUGCUGGUUUAUUUUAUUCUUUUCUCUCGUUGUUUUUAAGUUUCCGACUAAGUUUCCGACUAAAACGUUUAAACAUCUGGAAACUUUUU